UUAGCGGUAAAAGGGAGAAGCAUAAUUGCAAAUAUAAACAACAAAGCAUUAAAUUAAUUUAUCUGCAGAGCUUGGUUUAAAUUACUUGAUAAUGAUAGAAAUUUGUGAUGACUAUGACCACAAGGACUUUGUGGAAUAUAUUUUAGAAAAUGUCCUUAUGCCUGACGACGGCAGCGAGGAGUUCAAGCGCUUGAAAGACGAUUACAAUUCUCAAAUAACAUCGACUUGCACUUGUGUCAUUAAAAAUUGCAAUAACAACAUUGAUUGCUGCCAUGGAGGAUAUUUUAAGUACCAUCCAGUAAAUAAGGAAUUAGUUUUAGUCAACAACGAAGAUAAAAGUUUACCUUCCGUAACAGAAUGCAACGAUUUUUGUAAAUGUGAUUUGCAACAUUGCAAUAAUCGACUUGUGCAGUUUGGACCACGAAAGAAAUUGGAAAUAUUUCAUUCACCUCAAUAUAAAUCAAUGGGAGUCCGCACCUUGAUUGAUAUUCCAUGCGGUGCUUUCAUUUGCGAAUAUGCUGGUGAAUUAUUAACUCUAGCAGAGGCUAAACGCCGUCUUGACUUUGUUGAUAACUGUGAUAAGAUGAAUUUUAUAUUAUGUCUGCAUGAGUUCACAAAAUCAAAAGAUAACACAGAUUAUCAGGCAUCUCAGGUGACUAUCGUGGACCCCACUUGUCGGGGAAAUAUUGGUCGAUAUCUUAACCACAGCUGCCUGCCAAAUUGUGAAAUCUUCGCUGUGCGAAUCAAUUGCCCAAUACCUAAAAUAGGCAUAUUUGCCAAAAGAAAUAUUUAUGCGAACGAAGAGCUAUGUUUCCACUAUGGAGGAGAAAUCCUUAGUCCUGAUUUAACUAAUGGGAAACCCUGUCUCUGCUCUGCACCGAAUUGUGUCGGUGUUUUACCAAAUACUAGAAUUUAAAUGUGGCAAUUUGGUUAAUAUCCAUUUCUCGAUGUCAAGAAGUGACUUUCUUCUAAGCACAUGCAAUGUAUCCUCUAAGGGAG